AUGGCAGAUAAACCCAAGGUCCUCUUCCUAUCCGACAUCAAACGGGCUCGAGACGAGUUUGCCUCACUUUCCGAGAUUGUCGAAGUUAUUCAACCAAAAUCAACAGAAAGAAAUGCCUUUAUAGAAGAGAGCAAGUCCGGUGCCUUUGACGGAAUCAAGGCCAUCUACCGCACAAACAAAUGCGUAGGCACCACUGGCGAUUUCGAUGCCGAGCUGCUUGAUGCCCUGCCCAAGUCUCUCAAGUUCAUCUGCCACAACGGUGCCGGGUAUGAUCAAAUAUAUAUCCCAGAAUGUUCUUCCCGCGGUAUUCGAGUGUCCAACACACCCACGGCUGUAGACGAUGCCACAGCCGACAUCACCAUCUUUCUCCUUCUCGGUGCUUUACGAAACCUCUCAUCCUCUAUCUUCUCUCUGCGUGAUGGGUCUUGGCGCGGCAACCCUCCGCCAUCCCUUGGUCACGACCCUCAGGGGAAAGUCCUGGGUAUUCUAGGCAUGGGUGGCAUUGGUCGUAAUGUCGCACGCAAGGCUCGCGUAUUUGGAAUGACUGUGAAGUAUCACAACCGUAGCCGCCUUUCCCCUGAGCUAGAGGAUGGAGCUGAAUACGUUGACUUUGAAACUCUCCUCAAGGAGAGUGACGUGCUGAGUCUCAACCUUCCUCUAAAUGCCAAGACUCGACAUACGAUUGCGAAAGCCCAAUUCAACAUCAUGAAGCGCGGCAUUGUCAUUGUCAACACCGCCCGUGGCGCAGUGAUGGACGAAGGUGCUCUUGUUGAAGCACUUGAGUCGGGGCAAGUUGCUAGCGCCGGACUUGACGUCUUUGAGAACGAACCCGAGAUCCAUCCAGGGUUAUUAAACAACAAGAACGUACUGCUCGUUCCACACAUGGGAACUCGGACGGUAGAGACUGAAAAGUUGAUGGAGGCUUGGGCUAUAGAAAAUGCUCGACUGGCGAUAACGGAAGGGAAGCUGAAGAGCAUCGUUCCCGAGCAACAGGACUUGCAAUGA